AUGGAGUUCGGAAAUUUGUUGGAAGUCCCACGCUGCAACUGGAUGAACAGACACAACCAGCUGAAACAAGUGGACACAAUGAUUGUAUGGAAAGAUUUUGGAACAGUUAACUUAUAUUGCUCAGAUAAAAAUUUGAAUAUAUACGCAAUAAUGACUAAAAGGAGUGAUUGCACGACGAAAUAUUCUCUUGAUAAAGAUUUGUUUGACGUUCAAUGCAUAUUUUCAUAUUAUCCUGGCGAGUUGAACAUCACACUACGAAUCCACGUUUACAUAAAAUCAAAUGACAGGAUUGUCACUGACGAAAUGAUCAAUCGAAGUUCUCUCACUAAGGACAAAUUAACCAGAAUAAACUACCACUUCAGCAGCAAGCGAAGUUUUUCAAAGAACUAUUUCUCUUACGAAGUAUCCCAUUUAAUUACCAUAAACGACUCUUUAAAAGUUGUCACUGGCAGCACUUCUCCAAAAUUUUAUUUCAUGGAAGACAUUGGCAAGUUCUUAAGACCGGUCACAAAUGUAAAAGUGCAUCCAGUUAAAGUGGGCAUCUGCGAGUCUGUUAUAUGCACGUCCGAUGGAGAUCCCACAGUUUCUUACAAGUGGACAGUCAUUCACGUUGGCGAUCACAAAAUCAGCGGCAAGAACAUGCUUGAGAAAUGCACCAAUAAAUAUGAAAUACAAUUUCUAAGGAUUGGACGAUAUUCAGUGAGAUGUGACGCGUCAAACGUUAUAUCAACAGGAGAAACAAGCCAUUCUCAUUGGUCAGGAUUAAUAACAGUGUAUAAUAAUUCGGGUAGGGAAUAA